AUGCCGCCAAAAAAAAGAGGCCGCGCGAAGGCCCCGGCCAGGGCCAAACGGCAGGCUAAAAAACGGCCUGCCAAGCAAGCUGCCAAGAAGCCGGCCAAAAAGGCGCCGAAGGAGGACGACGUGCGGAGGAACCGCUGUUUUCUGAUCACCUCGAAGGAUAGCGUCAAAAUCCAGCUGGCCGACGCGAGCGACGGCAGCGACAAUCACGAGACAACCGGACCGAUGGGACUGCUCGAGAACGCAAGGUUAUUUUCCAGGGACGACGAGUGGCAAAAGGAGUUACAGCGAAGCGAUGAGGUGAUACUUCGACACCGAAGCUGCAGCCCGUACUCCUACAUGUCGAGGCAGGACGCCGUGCACUACGCGGCGUCGCGGUUGAUAGAACGCAUCCAAACCUACGGGCGACUCGUGCUCCAACUCCCCGGCGAGUACGUCAAAGAAAAUCGUGGGGGAAUGCACCCCAUACAACGGGACAUCGCCACGACCGAGCCCAAGACAAGAAAUUCUCAGGGCCUCGUGGACACCGUCCACGAGUGGACGCGGACGUACACUUACACUGACAGUGAAGGAUCCUGCGAAUGCGAGGCCAAGUUCACAACCACGGUGACGUCGCUGGUUGAAGCCUGGUUCUCCUGGAGCCCUCGGCGGACCUCGUCGAAUCGUCCGACGACUUUGGCUCGGACUCGGAGUCCGACUGCUAGCAUCGAAUCAAUUAAUAUAUUUGUAUGAACCCUACAAAAAAAAACUCAGGCUCAGGCUAGUUACGUCGCGGGGUUCCCCGUACCCCUCCCGCUCCCCCCGGGCCCACCCGUCCGGCCGGACUAG